AUGUCGUAUACCGUUAAGAUCAUGAAAGCCGAUGUUGAGCGAGCAGAAUGGUGCCGAACGGGAAAGACUGGUCAGCUGAGAUUGAUCCAAUCGAAUGGAUCAGUGACAAGAUUCGAGGGAUUCGAGCCCAGCGAAUCAAAGAACUUGAAGGAAACCUGUUCCAAGCUUUUCAAAGUUGAACUCAAGACAGUCAAAGUUGAUGUACAAGGGAAAAACUUUGGAAAAUUGAAGUUGGAAGGGGAAGAACUGAAUUUCCACAUCGAUGGAAAGAAAGCUUUCGAUAUCUCGUUGUCGGACUUGUCCAACUCUCAGGUCAUUCCGCAAAAAGAUGAAAUGGUUCUUGAGUUCAGACAAACGGAGGGCCUGAGCAAGAGACAUGAAAGUCUUAUCGAAAUGAGGUUCUACGUGCCCCCAACAGAGGGUAUGGACGAAGACGAUGCUGAUAGCAACAAGAAGGGAGUCGAAAUCUUUCAUGAUAGAAUCAAAGAAUACGUCUCCAAGGAAUCCGGGGGCGAAAAGAUCAGUAUUUUCACACAGGUCAGGUGUCGCUCACCCAAGACCACUUUCGACGUUUCUUUGUACUUGAACAUCUUCAAGCUCCAUGGGUCUUCCUAUGACUUCAGCGUCAAGUACAAGCACGUCACAAAGUUGUGCAAGGUCCCGUCUGUGCAAGGAGCUCGGGGAACGCUCCUCAUCUUGUCGCUGGACCCUCCACUCAGAAAGGGACAGACGAUGUAUCAUCAUGUGGUCCUUCAUUUUCCAGAAAAGGAUGAGGAUGACAAGGUUCCUGUAACUCUUCCCAAGAACUUCGACUGGAAGGACAUUCCGGGCAAGGUGAAGGAUGCGAUUCAGCCGACGAUGACUGGCAAGAGCGUCGACAUCCUUGGCAGUCUCUUUCAGUUCUUGGCGUUGGCGUCCGAAUCUAAGUUGAAGGUCGCCGGUCAUUCCUUGAGUGUUUGUUGGAUUCACUUCAUCACUUCACAGCUCUACGAAAAAUCUCAAUUCCAAUCAAAUCGAGACGAAGAAAGUUUUGCAGUGUCUGCCUGUAUUGGUGCAUCCAAAGGAUAUCUCUACUUUCUGGACAAGUGUUUUGUCUUCCUUGAAUCGCCACCUCAAGUCAUCAUGUACGAGCAAGUUGAAACAAUCGUGUUCGACAGAAAGGAUCAGUUCACACAGUCAACGACUUUCGAUUUCAAGAUCAAGCUAGACAAUGGGAAGAGCCAGGACUUCAACAACAUUAACAAGUCCGAGUUGAAGAACAUUCGGGGAUGGUUCAGGAGUGUGUGCGAGCACAUGUUCGACGGCAAGAAGAUGAGGAUCGAAGAUGAUGACUCAGACGAAGAGGAAGAACUUAAGGAUGCGGGGAAUGAUGACGACGACAAGCACAUCAAGAACCGUCUGGCGGCGGAAGCUGGUCAAGAUGACGAGGAUGACGAAUCCUCCUCCGAGGAUGAAGACUUCGAGGGCAAGUCUGAGUCCAGCAGUGAGGAGAGCAGCGCGGAUGAGGAGGGAUCGAGCGAGGGAGAGAGCGACGAGGACACGAAGAAGAAGAGCAAGAAGGCGCCCAAGUCGAAGGAGGUGAAGGCGAAGAAAUCCAAGAAGGAGGAGAAGGAGGAGACUUCAACCAAGCGGCAAAAGAAAGAUCCGAAUGCGCCCAAGAGGCCGAAAUCUGCCUGGCUUCUCUUCUGUGAUGCUAAGCGAGAGGACAUCGUCAAAGAGAACCCUGAUAUCAAGUUCACUGAGGUCAACGGAAAGAUCUCUGAGAUCUGGAAGAACUUGUCGUCUGAUGAGAAGAAGCCCUUCGAGGAGGAGGCCGCGAAACUUGCGUCCAAGUACAAGGAGGACAAGGCCAAGUACGACAAGGAGAACCCCAGCAGCAGCGGUGGGGCCGGCAAGAAGCGAAAGGGGGAGGACGAGAAGGAGGGGAAGGCCAAGAAGGCCAAGAAGGACCCCAAUGCUCCCAAGAGAGGGCAAAACGCGUACAUGCUGUGGUCGCAAGAAGCUCGUGAGAAGAUGAGGAAGGCCAACCCCGACUUGCCCAUGAAGGCGGUGAUGCAGCAGCUGGGAGAAAAGUGGAAGGAGAUCGAUGCCGAGGAGAAGAAGGAGUGGGAGGAGAAGGCUAGAGAGGACAAGGAACGGUUCAAACGGGAGACGGAGGAGUACAAGAAGAAAGGUCCCUCGCUCGAAGAGUUCGAGAAGGCGGGAGAGGAAGACUCAGGUGAAUCGGAGGACUCUGAUUGA